UCACACCCAUGAUUGAACCUCAUUAGGCGUCAGAGAAGGUAAACGGGUCUGAGAAAGAUGUGUCGGAGAAGACAUGGGAAGAGGCUCGUCGGUUCCGUCGCACUCCCUUCGAUUGAGUCGCAAUCUUUCACCACCAACACGAGCUGGUGGUCGUGAGCAGAGGAGACAAUAUAUGGUGGUAUGCAGGACUGGAAUUAAUUAUACAUGAAUCUGUUUAUAUUCAUGUGUUAACUUGUUCUGGUGGUGGGAGUUUGAAGCGUCAAUGGAAUUGGAGUCGAGAAAUAUAGAAGAGAAGAGAUGGAGUUGGUUCAGAGGCAAGGGAAGAGAUACAGAUAAGAAGUUUGAUGGUGGUGGAAGAUGAUAAGCUGGCGGUACCACUAGCAUUUGUGCAGAAGCGUAUGAAGUCGAAGAGGGAGGUUAAGCGUGGCUAAGAAGGAAGAAUGUUAUGAAGCAGAGACUCUCUUGGAGAUAGAGGGUCUUGAGAGUAUAAUAAAGAAUAAGAAGGAAACGUUGUCAUAUUGUCUUUCAUUUGGUUAUUUAUAUGGUUGAGAUGUAAACAUUCGCAUUAUCAUAAUUGAUCAUUAAAAACCUUAUCUAAAUCCUUAUCCUUUCUUCUAAUCUCUCCCCUCUUUCUUGUUACGGAUAAGCCUUGCUUAUCAUUGGUAUCAGAGCUGUAAAACCAUGCCUCCGAAGCAAGAGACUCACACUGAGAGGAUCUCUGCUCUCGAAGGUCAGAUCGGUGGUUUCGCAACCGCGAUCGAGGAGUUACGUGAAGCUACGGCGAAGAGCGAGAAAUCGAUUCUGGAUGCGUCGACCAAGGCGGAGGAGCGUCAUGCUCAGUUGAUGGCGAUGUUUCAACAACAGACGAAGAUGGUAGCGGAUCAGGAGAAGAACAAGGCGAAGGAGGUGGAAUCAGUGUAGAUCCGUCGAGAGACUGAAGGAUCUGCGUCCCAAGGCCCAGGGUUGCAGAUCCGUUCAGAGAAAGGUCUGUUGCACGUUCCCGAGACGGUGGUUCCUUAUCGAGCGGCGGAGCUCAACACUCCGUCGUAUCACGCUGGUUCGUCGGGGUAUUCAGCUCAACAGAAGCUCGAAUCACCUCCGAAGAAGCUCGAUCUGCCUAACUUUGAAGGGAAGAACCCGGAUGAUUGGAUCAUCAGGAUGGAGAAAUGCUUCUCGGUUAACCUGACCGACGAAGGUGAGAAACUAUCGUUAGCGAUGUCAUGUAUGACGGGGUGUGCAGUGACUUGGCUAAGGAUGAUUCAGGAUCGAGAAGAGCCGUUGGAUUGGAGGGAUUUCAAAACGAAACUGCGAAGGCGUUUUAAACCCACAAGAGGUGGGACGAUUCUCAGUCAGAUGCUGCGUCUGCGUCAGACGGGUACUAUUUCGGAGUAUCGAGAGCAGUUUGAAGAGUUGUCGGCUGAAGUACCACACGUUCCAAAUGACGUCUUGGAAGAGAUUUUUCUCCAUGGGAUGAAGUGUAGUCUGAGAGAGCAGGUGGUGCGAUUGCGACCAGUGGGGAUGGACGAGAUAGUGGAUAUGGCGAAGAUCAUUGAGGAGCAGGAGAAUGAGCGCAGUGCCUACAACAACCGUUCAUUCCAGAGAACCAGUUCCGCACCUGCGCUCAACUCAAAUCAGAGAAGCUAUAACUCACAGUCGAGUCCUGCGAGGCACGGUGAUAACACACCAGCAAGGAAGUCGAUGGACUCUCAGCGUGAUGCCAAGGGAACUGAUCAGAGGAGAACAAUUCAGAAUCCUUGCAGGCAUAGCGGAGAGAGAUUCUUCGCAGGGCAUCGCUGUAAGGCUUUUCAGAAGUUCAAGAAGUUGGAGUUAGAUGAGAGUGAGGAGAAGGAAAAGGAAGAGUUGAGUGAUGAGGACAGAGACGAGGAUCAAGAGGGUAACAAAGAACAGGAGUUGCACGUGUUGUCGUUGAACUCAAUGGUGGGCAUUACUUCUAAGAAGACUAUGAAGAUGAAAGGAUUGAUUGGGAACAAGGAGGUUGUGGUUCUCAUCGAUUCCGGAGCGACAUGUAACUUCAUAUCUCAGAAGUUAGUGGAGGAACUGGGGUUACCGGUGGUGGAGACAGUAGGAUUUGGAGUAGCAGUGGGAAACGGUGAGGUUAUUUCUGGAUUGGGAAAGUGUGAAGGAGUGGAGAUUAACAUACAAGGAGUUAAGAUUAAAGAAGAAUUUUUGAGGUUUGAAUUGGGCACAAUUGACUUGGUAUUGGGUUACACAUGGCUAGCGGAGUUGGGAGAGACUCAAAUUAAUUGGGGACUUCACAUCUUGAGGUUUUAACAAGAUCAGAAGUGGGUCUCGAUCUGUAGUGACCCAGAGUUGUUGAAGGCUCAGGUGUC